UGAAAGCUCCCUUUGGAUAGUGGCACAGUGCUGGAGUUAGUAGAUAUAUGGCCCUAGGCAUGCUAAGGAUACUGCAUAAGACAGAUUCCACCUAUUCUCCUGGCCCUUCUGCUGCUCUGCGGUUACUAAAGUAUUCUUGUUCCCAUGGUUACCUGAAAUUAUAACAAGCAAGGUGGAGUCGUGCUCUCUCUUGGGUAUUGCUAAAAAAUAUCCCUCAAGAGCACGCUUCACACAGCAUGGGCCACUUCAGCGCACUGGAAAUGCAGUCUGUCUGCUGUUAUACUUCCCCACUCUUCCUUCAUAUACACACAAGCGAGAUCUUAUCAGAGACCAGAGCAACAGCAGAGCAUCCUGGCAGGGAUUACUGCAUCGCUGGGGCUGGCAUCACAGAGGACAGUUUUACCAGCUUAAAGUCAGCACAGAUAUCCCUCCCCAUGACUCAUCCUGCUGACCGCUAUCAUCCAAUCACCUCAGCUCGUUCCUGUCAGCCAUGAUGGCCUCCUUCUGCUUGAGGGUGGUCAGCGGCCUCGGCCCGGCGAGGAGGAGUGGGUCACAUCCGUCGGCGCUGCCCGGUUUGAGAAUCCCUUGGCAUGGUACUGCGGCGGGGCGCAUGCCAAAUCAGAGGGCGCACUGCUCCGAGCGCUUCCAGCGAGACAAGAAUGUUUCCAGCACGAUGAACAGGGAGGACAUCAGCACAAUUCAAAUCCCCAGCCAUAAUCCAUGGGUGUGAUUGGGCAGGGGGGUAUCCCCUCUGAUGCCCCGUAGCGAGGCAGGGGCAGGGCAGCCAGAUGAGCUGAUAUCUGCACCCCUCUGGCCCAGGCGUGGGCCACAUGAGGGGGGAGUGCAGCCUGGCAGGACAGGAAGAGACCAAACACUUGACAUCAUUAUUGGAGAGUGAUCAACGGGAGGGCGAGGCUUCCCGGGCCGCCCCAGAGGAGGAUAAAUACGAGAGGGACGAGUCCAGGGCCACACAGCCUCUCUGCACCAGGACCACCUGCUUCACACCGCACAGAACCACAGAGCACCGGACAGCAGCCAGCAUGGACGUGACCAUCCAGCACCCCUGGUUCAGACGCCCCUACUUCCCCAGCUACUUCCCCAGCCGGGUCUACGACCAGUUCUUCGGAGAGCACAUUCCCGACGGAGAUAUGUUCUCCCCCUUCUUCUCCAUGUUCUUCAACCGCCCCUUCUACAUGCGCAACUGGAUGGACAGCGGCUUCUCCGAGAUGCGUUCAGAUAAAGAUCGCUUCAUGAUCAACCUGGACGUGAAGCACUUCUCCCCCGAGGAUCUGACAGUCAAGGUGAACGACGAUUACGUGGAGGUGCACGGCAGGCAUGAGGAACGACAGGUACGCCCACGAGGUCUGGGCUUCUCGUCCUCCGAGGAUGAGCAUGGGUAUGUUUCCAGAGAGUUCUUCCGCAAGUACAAGAUUCCAGCAGGCGUUGACCCCGGAGCGUUCACCUCCUGUCUGUCCUCCGAUGGGGUUCUCAGCAUCUCUGCCCCCCGGAACCUGACGGACGUUCCAGAGCGGAACAUCCCCAUCACCUGUGACGAGAAGCCCCCAGCGCAGAAGUAGUCUCCCCUCCAAGAGCUGCGUGUCCGUCACAGCAACGUCUUCACUCUUACUUCCCACCACACGUUGCUCAGCGUUCAGUGGAUACAGCCUAGAGUCAUGCCUUAACCAUAAAGCCUUUACGUCAGUAACAGUCACAUCUCAAACAAGAUCAAUAAGCGUCUAUAACUAUAAGUCUACAACUGUGUACUUUUUCUAUAUUUCUGUCCAACAGUGCCAUCCUGUGUGCACCUGAGUCACUAAGAGCAAACCAUGCUGCGUACUAAGGUGGCAUCAGCAGUGAAUCACAGAAGCAAAAUGCACAGCAUGGGUACAGAGAGAGAGAGAGA